AGACAGGCAAAGAGUGUGAUCAUCAUCACAUAGGGGCUUUGCUCUUUAUCUCUGUGAAUUUUCAGAUUCUCUUCAGAAACUCCAUUUUUUUCUUCUUCUUCUUCCUUAGUGUGUAUUGUAUGGCCGCCAAUUUGCAGGGCCGUGGACUCGUGAGCUUGGGGAAGCGUGUUGUUAACCAGAUCAACUACGCAAGUGCUCGAACCACUGCUAAUUCACCUUCCCUCUCUGGAAGGAGGGGAGUGCAGACAUCAGUGUACGACAAGAACCCGGAGGAUCAUGUGCGCGAUUCGGUUGUGCCUGAUGAAGUGAUAGAGCCGCAAUCAGAAAAAUACUGGGCUCCUCACCCACAAACUGGGGUGUUUGGGCCAGCAGCAACUGAUUCUGCUGGCGCGGAACGUGGCUUUCACUCCCCACCCGCCACUGGUGCUACUGCUGAAUCUAUUUUGGAGCAGAAGACAUUCUUCCGCCCUCUCGAGGACUUGGAGAAGCCCAUGCUUAAUUAAUUUCACGUACUUGAGUAAACUUGCUUUAUAACUAUAUAUAUUGGGUACAAGUAAAGCUGUUUGUUUGUGUUUAUGCGAGUCUCUAGUUUAGUUUUAAGGUGCAGUAUAGACUAAUAAGGUAUUAAAAGCUGCACUGCUUUUGAAGGUUCGUUCAUAUGGUAAUGUAAUAUGGGUGUCUUUUACC